CCGGAAGCGCCUGUGUUGUGGGGCUUAGCUUGCUCGGUCCCGGUGUUUUUCCAGCGCCUUGUUUCUAGAGGUUGGUGCUGCCUUUGCUGCGGGUGCCAUGGGAGAAGCGGAGAAGUUUCACUACAUCUACAGUUGCGACCUGGACAUCAACGUGCAGCUUAAGAUAGGAAGUUUGGAAGGGAAGAGAGAACAAAAGAGUUAUAAAGCCGUUCUAGAAGACCCAAUGUUGAAGUUUUCAGGGCUGUACCAGGAGACAUGCUCAGAUCUUUAUGUUACUUGUCAAGUUUUUGCAGAAGGGAAGCCUCUGGCCUUGCCAGUGAGAACAUCCUACAAAGCAUUUAGUACAAGAUGGAACUGGAAUGAAUGGCUAAAACUGCCUGUAAAAUACCCAGACCUGCCCAGGAAUGCCCAAGUGGCCCUCACUAUAUGGGAUGUGUAUGGACCAGGGAAGGCAGUGCCUGUGGGAGGAACAACGGUUUCGCUCUUUGGAAAAUAUGGCAUGUUUCGCCAAGGGAUGCACGACUUGAAAGUCUGGCCUAAUGUAGAAGCAGAUGGAUCAGAACCCACAAAAACUCCUGGCAGAACAAGCAGUACUCUCUCAGAAGAUCAGAUGAGCCGCCUUGCCAAGCUCACCAAAGCUCAUCGACAAGGACACAUGGUGAAAGUAGACUGGUUGGACAGAUUGACAUUUAGAGAAAUAGAAAUGAUAAAUGAGAGUGAAAAACGAAGUUCUAAUUUCAUGUACUUGAUGGUUGAGUUUCGAUGUGUCAAGUGUGAUGAUAAGGAAUAUGGUAUUGUUUAUUAUGAAAAGGAUGGUGAUGAGUCAUCUCCAAUUUUAACAAGCUUUGAGAUAGUGAAGGUUCCUGAUCCUCAGAUGUCUAUGGAGAAUUUAGUUGAGAGCAAACAUCACAAGCUUGCCCGGAGUUUAAGAAGUGGACCUUCUGACCAUGAUCUCAAACCUAACGCUGCCACAAGAGAUCAACUAAAUAUUAUUGUGAGUUAUCCACCAACCAAGCAACUUACAUAUGAAGAACAAGAUCUUGUUUGGAAGUUUAGAUAUUAUCUCACUAAUCAAGAAAAAGCUUUAACAAAAUUCUUGAAAUGUGUUAAUUGGGAUUUACCUCAGGAGGCUAAACAGGCAUUGGAACUUCUAGGAAAAUGGAAGCCAAUGGAUGUAGAGGACUCCUUGGAGCUUUUAUCCUCCCAUUACACCAAUCCAACUGUGAGGCGUUAUGCUGUUGCCCGGUUGCGACAAGCAGAUGAUGAGGAUUUGUUGAUGUACCUAUUACAGCUGGUCCAGGCUCUCAAAUAUGAAAAUUUUGAUGACAUAAAGAAUGGAUUAGAACCUACCAAGAAGGAUAGUCAGGGUUCAGUGUCAGAGAGUGUGUCAAAUUCUGGAAUCAAUUCUGCAGAAAUAGAUAGCUCCCAAAUUAUAACCAGCCCUCUUCCUCCAGUGUCUUCCCCUCCUCCUGCAUCCAAAACAAAAGACAGUUCAGAUGGUGAAAAUCUAGAGCAAGAUCUCUGUACCUUCUUGAUAUCAAGAGCCUGCAAAAACUCAACACUGGCUAAUUAUUUAUACUGGUAUGUGAUAGUGGAAUGUGAAGAUCAGGACACUCAGCAGAGAGAUCCAAAGACCCAUGAGAUGUACUUAAAUGUAAUGAGACGAUUCAGCCAAGCAUUGUUGAAGGGUGAUAAGUCUGUCAGAGUUAUGCGUUCUUUACUGGCUGCUCAGCAAACGUUUGUAGAUCGUUUGGUGCAUCUAAUGAAGGCAGUGCAGCGUGAAAGCGGAAAUCGUAAGAAAAAGAACGAGAGACUACAGGCAUUGCUUGGAGACAAUGAAAAGAUGAAUUUGUCAGAUGUGGAACUUAUCCCAUUGCCUUUAGAACCCCAGGUGAAAAUUAGAGGAAUAAUCCCAGAAACAGCUACACUAUUUAAGAGUGCUCUUAUGCCUGCACAGUUAUUUUUUAAGACAGAAGAUGGGGGCAAAUACCCAGUUAUAUUUAAGCAUGGGGAUGAUUUACGCCAAGAUCAACUUAUUCUUCAAAUCAUUUCACUCAUGGACAAGCUGCUACGGAAAGAAAAUCUGGAUUUGAAGUUGACACCCUACAAGGUAUUAGCCACUAGUACAAAACAUGGCUUCAUGCAGUUUAUCCAGUCAGUUCCUGUUGCUGAAGUUCUUGAUACAGAAGGAAGCAUUCAGAACUUCUUUAGAAAAUAUGCACCGAGUGAGAAUGGACCAAAUGGAAUCAGUGCUGAAGUUAUGGACACUUAUGUUAAAAGCUGUGCUGGAUAUUGCGUGAUUACAUACAUACUUGGAGUUGGAGACAGACACCUGGAUAACCUUUUGCUAACAAAAACAGGCAAACUCUUCCACAUAGACUUCGGAUAUAUUUUGGGUCGGGAUCCAAAGCCUCUUCCUCCUCCAAUGAAGCUGAAUAAAGAAAUGGUAGAAGGAAUGGGGGGCACCCAGAGUGAGCAGUACCAAGAGUUUCGUAAACAGUGUUACACGGCUUUCCUCCACCUUCGAAGGUAUUCUAACCUGAUAUUGAACUUGUUUUCCUUGAUGGUGGAUGCAAACAUUCCAGAUAUUGCUCUUGAACCAGAUAAAACUGUGAAAAAGGUUCAGGAUAAAUUCCGACUAGACCUGUCUGAUGAAGAGGCCGUGCAUUACAUGCAGAGUCUGAUUGAUGAAAGUGUCCAUGCUCUUUUUGCUGCAGUGGUAGAACAGAUUCACAAGUUUGCCCAGUACUGGAGAAAAUGAAACUGGGUUUGGCACCUCAGAAUGUUUGGCUCUGUAAGAGAACUACUUUAGAAGCAACCUCUGUAUAAGGAAGACUUCAGAGUAACAAGGAAGAGAACAUUUAAUCUUCAAGAUACCAUAUAUCCUAAAUGUUACAUGGUGCCUGAAUUCAAUUUCCUUGGAUGUCCCUGUCUAAAUAUUGUCUUGAAGGGUUUGUUUUGAAAUAUUGUAUAUAUUUAUUUUCAAAUGUACACAUUGUUAAUAAGCUAAGAAGUGAAAAAUUUAUUCCAGGAUCAUGUAUAUACUUUGAGAGUUCUGGAAGAAUUUUAUGUUGAAAUAGUAAAACAUUUUAGUCUCUGUGUUUGAAAUGUUCUUUUUUUCUUUUUUUUUUUUUUUUUUUUUUGAUCAUCUCCUCACACCAAGACAGCAGUUAUGAAUUUGGACUGUCUCACUUAAGAAGGCUUUUUUGUUGUGUCUCUCCCUUCUCCCUCCUUCUCUUCCCCCUCUUCCUCCCCUGCUCAUGUUUGUUUUUGCCUAAUCUACAGUACUUAAAGGUUUACGUAUUGUGACUCAUUCUUUUACAAAAGUUCAACAAUUGCAUAUACUUCAAAUAAGACAGUCAUUUUCUCUCAUUUUUAAAUAUAUAUCUUUUUUGAAAACUAUAGUUAGUUCACAGCUCUCCUAGCUUGUAAGUACAUGAAUCAAGACAUGCAAAUACGUCAAUCUGAGUCACUGGCCAAAAGAUAACAAUGACACAGCUGUUAGUAUUGAGCCCAAGAUAUUUUUACAUACACAUGUAAGCAUAAAUUGUCUUUCUGCAAUAAAUACUUUUUUGAUGUAAA